AUGCCUCCCCCCGCGGCUUCCAUUCCCCCUCGGAUUGGCAAGAGCGACAAGGAAAGGUCCUUUUCCCUCAACGACGCUCUUUACAACCAUCUCGUGCUCCCUCCCCAACUCCCGCAAAGACAGGACGCCAAUCUAGAUGAACUUGAGAAAGCCCUCCUUAACCGAUUCCUGGUUUCUGUGAAGCACAUGCGAGAUCUUCCCGGCAACGACCAGAGUUACGUUUGGAGCUUGAUCGAACGAGGCCUUCGUGCUACCCAAAGCAUUCAUGCCGGAGGUCACGUCGACCGAACUGCACUCAUUCGAGAGCUCAACGAUUUUGGAGAGUCGGACUUUCUGGUCGUCUAUGUACGGAGCCAGAACUGUGCUCUCUACGUCCGCCGUUCGCAAGAUGCUGUCUUUGGCGCCUCUGUCAUAUUCGAGGCCUUUGAGACUUCGGCACGCAAUGAGGAUGUACUAGCAACUGAAAAUGCGCUUCAGUGGGACUUUCCUGGAUGUGCAGUCGCAGUCCCCCUCGCUACAUUCCGUGAGAAUGGUUUCGUCUCCAACCUAGCCAAUUUCCUCGACAACGCUUCGCGAGAAUCACUCACUGAUUUCUCCGCACAGGCACUCAAGGCGGGAACAUCUAUGCCUGAGUUUCGAAACACAUCAGAACCUGCUCUCAUUUCCUCUAUGCUCAUGGCUAUUCUGCAACAAAACGGCCGCCGCCUCGCCCCAACUCUUCUACAAAAGAUGGUUCGGGACGAUGUACUGUGGAACAACGCAGAAAGACCAUGGAAACGACUUCCUUAUUGGCUCGUGCUGCGAGUUGUCAUCUCUCGAUACCUUGCUCAACGUUUGGGUGAAAUUGGGCGAGUUGAGUACAAGUUUUUGUUAGCUCACCUCUUCAGUGAAUUCCUCACACAUGUGCAGCAAUCGGGAGAAAUGCGACUUGACCGUCUCGACUUCCUCAAGAAAAAGAUUUGCCGGCGGCUAGUCAAGCUGGAAGUUGAGAAGGAUCGGUUUCUAGAUCUGGCCCAGAGAAUUGAGUAUCUAUUCACCCAACUCGGUCCCGGAUUACAGAAUUCAAUUUCCAAGGCAAAUGCUUUCAUCGAAGCGUCGUGGAAGCACCAGAAGUUAGCCAUGACGAAAACGAUCCCUCCGCUACCGAAGCAAGCUUCUUUCGAGGAUAUGAAGUUAAACCUGAAGAUGAGUGGGUUUGCCCUCAACAAUAUCUGGAGAGGCUAUUCAAAGCCUUUCAAGUUCAAUACUGGGCGGCAAGGUACCACGAAUGUUGCACAGGCUGCGAAGCAGCAUCUUAGCUCCUUUGCUCUUGAGCACUUCAAGUUAACUGACAAAGAACUCACCAUCAUCAGCUUUUGCCAUGAGCAAAGCCUCCUUCUACACACAAAAGUCAUAGGCGCAGCUGCUUUGAUAAAUGAGUAUCUGCAACAAGCUUUUAGGGCCUACAAUGGAAUCCCCGAACUCAAGAGCACACUGAUCUUGAACAUCAUGGAUCUAUGGGUUACCAUGGAUAAGGCAGCCUGUGCGAUGUACCCACUCCUCACCGAAUUUCACCCUGUCUUUCGACCUGAGAUGCUUGAUAUUUUGCUACUUUCUACUUUCGAUGAUAUGAAGCGACUGCAAGAGAUCCAGGUUUAUCUACAGGAUCGCAUUGCUGCUUGCCAAGGUUCAACAAUCAGCAUUUUUGACGAUCCCGUCCGAGGAUCAUUUGGUCAUCGCUUCUAUGAUGACUCUGACAUUUCUGAUGAGAUGAAGGACUUGCAUGAGUCAGUAGAGGCAUGGGCGACCCAUUUGCGAGACAGCAAAGAAAAGGAAUGGAAGAAAAAAAGCGAGGAGUACUCAAAGACAUCCAAAGUUAUCGAUGAGAGCACAUGCGUCUACAUGGUGGACGAGGACAAUCCUCACUUGCCCCCUUAUCAUGAUCGCGAUUGUCGUCGCUGCUACUUGAAGCGGCAGUUGAAGAAAAUUAGUAUCCAGGCCUACGAGCAUCCACUCCCUUCUGAUCCUCAUGUCGCGAAAGCUGUCAUUUUUGAGCUGCUUUGCCCGCAGACUUUGGCAAAAUAUCGAGAUGCUACAUGGACUAUUAUGUCAAUAGCCCUGCCAGCAGAGGAAGGCGUUGACCCGAAGUGCUGGGCGCGAGACUACCAACAGCUACAGAAGUAUGCCAAUGAAUCAUUAAUGAGCUGCUCUCUGGCAUCAGUCACUAAACCUUUUGUCUCUACCCACUACAACUCGUUAGCAUUCCCUGUCGAAUGGGAUAACGGCAGAUACGGUGUUUGUCGACCAAACGGCUUGAAGUUGGCAUAUUGUGAUAAAAACUCGAAACAGUGGCCCAGUCGUCGGGGUCAUCUGAGCUUCUUACAUCAUGUGAAGCUUGAGAUACCCGACUCUUCCCCGUUCUCGCAGCAAGACUCUGCCUUCUUCAAGAGCAUUUACGGGCCAUCCUCUUACGAAAUCAUGGCCACAGCAUCGAGAUGCCCACAAGGUAUCAAUGUUCAUGAAUAUCUUGCUUUUCAGACGGUUGCAUCUGGAAAGUCCAGGCGCUGGCUAUCUAUUCUUGCCGAAUUGGCAUCGGCCAACCUGAACUUCUCCAAUGAGGCCACGAUGUUACUUGUCACUCAUCUGGCUCUUCAGUGUGGGCCCCUAGAUGAUUCCAGGGGUGAGUUUCGCCUCAUCCAUGAGGUUUUCCGAGACCGUUCAUUCUGUGAGACCUUCAUGGAGCAAAUAUCACAUCGCUUGGACAGCCUGGCGGCUAAUUGGAGAGAAAUCUACCUCAUGGAAACCAUCGUCACCUUCACCCUCCGUCUCCUCGACUUUUCCUGGGCCGCACGUAUGCCCGAUAUAUCUGACCAGACAAUUUCCCUUUUGCUACGCGCCAGGAACACAUGUUUGCGUUGGUUCAAGCUCCUUCGUGCUGAAUCCUACAAGGUUGUCGAAACUGAGACAGCACGACGGUUCCAACAGUAUGGUCUUUGGGCUGCUCUAUUGUGCAAACGCACAUAUGUACCUCUGGCCUCUGGCCGUAUUGAAUUCGAUGAUACGUCUCUCGAGAUAUUCAUCCAGAGCAGUAUCACGGUAAAUGAUAGUCUUGUGGUUAAGCUAGAGGCGCUUCCCCAGCUCCUCCAGCAUGCAAUCAUUCGAGAUAUCCGACUUUCACAUCGACUUAUGUGGCCCGAGGAAGAAGGAUGUCCUCGUGUUUUCUCGCGAGGGGAAUUGGCCUCAGAAGCGCCCGGUUGGGUAUUUUGCCGAUCCAGAACAGGCGACGGCGUGGACUUAAUCGAGCAGAAUGUUUCGUUCAACUGUGUUAGAGGACUGCUUCUUGUCGAUUGGCAACCGAUGGGAAAACUUCCAGAAGACCCGAAGUAUUCUGUUGUGCUGAACGAACUUUUUGGUAACCAAGCUCUCCUGACAUUCCCGUCACGUCGCCCGGAGAUGCAGUACAGCCUAUGCGUGAAACCUCAUGGAUAUCAAGUCCAUGUGGGAUAUGGUAGUGGAACGCAGGAGUUGAUUGUAAGAGCUUUCCGAGGAAACUAUGCAUUGCAACUGAUACCACGUGAGAUCUUUCAAGGCGACUACCCCGAUCUUCCUGGUCCCCUUUUGCAUAAUUGCUUUCAUUGGAUGCACUUAAGAACGGGAGACAUUUUUAUAACCAACAAGGACAGACCCUGGCCGAAUGACCCUCACAAGUGGUACAUUUUGAGCCUCAAAGACUACACAUGUUCGAGGACGCGCCUUUACCGAGGCCUUCCUACAAAGGAUUAUAUUGUCAACCCGUCAAGUCCACUCUUCAAUCGUAUUAGCCGAAUCCUAGACUCCCUUGAAGAUCGCAGCCAGAUAAAAGUGUAUCAACCUGGAGGAGACCGAAACCUUACCGUGGAGCUUCCAAGACUCAACAUCGUGUUCUACACUAACAAGAACCGUCUACUUCAGUCGCCUCAGCUACAAUGCCAAAUCGACAACGACCAAGAUGCUGGGACCUGGUACGGCCUCCGCAGUAAGCUCGUAUGUACUAGCCUUACCAAUCCGAUGCACAGGUCUAUCUUGGUGCCUCUCGGGCCCGUCUCUGCUAGGUCAGAAGGGUGUCAUGUUACAGUAAGGGUCGAACCCUCGGAUAAAUUUGGGAGAUUCAAUAUCAACAGCACACUUGGACGGAUCGACUGCGCGCCCGAACCCACACUGGUUUUCACUAAAGCUCUUCUCCAUGCGUGCACAUCUUUUCUUCUGCCUGAUCCUUUGACUGGCCGCACUGGAACUGAAGAAGCUAUUGAGUGGCUUCAAGCGGGCAUAUCUCAACCAUGGUCCCCCCUUACCCCACCCUCUAUGUCGGUACUGCACAAGAUAGCUGGGCUAACGCCGAGAAGAGUGUACUAUCCACAAGAUCUUAAGGUGAUGCGUACAGAUACCUGGAUUGAGUCCCUUCCCAUCAUUCUUCAGAACUCGGCAUAUAGGCAAAUUGUAGAUCGUAUCCUUCAGGAGUCUGCAACUUUAGGAAUGUUCUCAGCCAAGGAACAGGUUAUUGUGAAGAUGCCAGAGCUCCCUCUUUCAGGGGAUAUGCAUCUACAUGCACGAGCGAUGUUUCGACAAGGUGCUGUUACAAGGUGUCCAGGGAUUACAUCCAGCUGCACACAACCAGCUAACCAGAAGUACAUGUCUCGAGAUCGCCCCUCAACAGUCAACAUCAUGCAUCGCAAUGUGCUUGAGGUCACAAAUCUGAUCCAGAAAUGGCCUCAGAGCUUCAAGACGACAGAUUGUAUUGCUCAAACUCUCUCACAAGGCAGCACUGUUGGUGGAUUUACAUCGGCCUUCAGUGGGACAUCCAUCAAUGAGAAGCUGAAGGUUAAUAUCCUUCAACAUUGGGGGUCGUUGGUCCGGUUUUCCCGUGAAUCAGCAGAUCGAUACAAGUUGAUGUACCUCCUCGGGCCAAUGUCGUUCCAUCUCGACGCAAAUAUGCCACUUCUUCGAACCCUUGUUGCGUCCGCGGUAUUCAGUGAUCUGAAGGAUCUUGAAUUGCCCAAAUGGGAUGAGUUUGAUCAUUUCCAACCGAACCAGGCACCUCAGCUUGAUUACAUUCUGCAUCUGCUGAAGCCGUACCGAGUUGCUGCGCCGGAGAACGACGCGAUGGGCCUGGGGCAGUAUUCGAGUGGAAAACUAUUACGCAAGUUGCAAAUCGAGCAAGCACAACACGAAGCCAAAGUUGAAGAUGAUUGCAAGUACUUAGCCAACCACCUCCUCAACCAAUGGCCUUGUCUGGAACCAAAUGUCAGUGGUCUAUCUCGGUCUGUGCUGAUUGACAUCGGCCCUGCGCUGGAAGUUAUUCGUCCCGAGUGGAAACGCCUGUUCAUGAAUAAAGAUCUCACUGAGCAUCUCAAAGAAGUCCAGACAAUUCUUGAUAGACGAAACCUAGAAGAUCGAUACGAACCACCUACGGUUCCCUUAUCCGAGGAGACCUACACGGUAAGAAUACGAGAUGGUACUGAGACCGUCGACCUUCGGCAACUUCUGGCCAAAUCGUAUCGUAUUCUUAAGGUCACGACAAGUAUGAAUCAAGUCCCUCCUGCAGGCUCGGUGGAUCGACCAUUUUUGACUGAGAAGGACUUUUUCCCAAGGUUCGGCAAUUCAACUUGGCAAAGAAACACCGGUUCUGUGGCCAAGCCCCCUUGGCCUGGUCUUACAAGGCCUCAUAAUGCCCAAAUGGAGAAGAGUACGUCAGAAUCAACUGUGAGGUCAGAAUGCAGUAUGAAAUUGAAUCUUAUAACCCAACGCUUGGGAGCAUCUCAGUCGGCUGUUCGGCGCCGUUAUGCAGCGGACUUCCAGAAGAGUCUCGCCGCCUUCCAGCACACUCCUUUGGCAAGUGUUAAAGAGUCGAUGAAAUCUCGAGAACUUGAGAUCCAAUCCAGUAUGGAGAAGGUCGAGGGCGACUUCGGGGCGAUCUGUACAGCCUUGGAAUCAAGUGGAAUGCUCUCACAAAGAAGGAUCUUUUGGCUCAAGGCAGGAAACCUGUGGCCGAUUGUGACCAAAGCUACACUUCUUUCUUGUCUCGGAUCGGCUGCUGAUGUCACACAAUUCGGAAGUGGAAUGAAAAAGGCCAUUUUAGAAAUGGGAGUUGGCAUUACGAAACACCAAAGACUGGUCCGACUUCAUGACCUGGCGUCCAAAAACGUCUCGGGAAGAUACCACGAAGAGGAGUCCAAUGAGGGACACUCGAAUUGGAAGCCUGAAGAGCAUCCAGAUUGGCUCCUGUUAGAAAUAGAGUCGAAUAUGAUGAUCCGUCCUGUUCAAGUUGAUGUAGCUUUAGCCACAAUUUCCCCUGGGUCGGGAUCCAAUUCUGUGCUUCAGAUGAACAUGGGCCAAGGGAAAACCUCCUGUAUUAUCCCUAUGGCUGCGGCAGCACUCGCCAACAAGAAACAGCUUGUGCGAGUCAUUGUACCAAAAGCUCUUCUCCAACAAACAGCUCAGCUGUUGCAGGCCAGACUCGGGGGUAUACUUGGAAGGGGUAUUCGGCAUGUCCCCUUCUCACGUCGAACUCCGUCUACCGAGAAAAAUGUACGAGCCUAUCAUUCAAUCCACAGAGAUAUGCUCAAGUCUGGUGGUGUCAUGAUAUGUCAACCCGAGCACCAGAUGUCAUUCAUGCUUAGCGGCCGACAGCGACUCCUGGACGAGCAGCCAGCGCAAGCAGGACCGAUGAUUAAAGUCCAAGAAUGGCUCACAAGGGUGUCAAGAGAUAUCCUGGACGAGUCGGACUAUACUCUCGCAGUGAGAACCCAGCUUAUCUACCCAUCUGGCGCUCAGACUACAGUUGACGGACAUCCACAUCGUUGGCUUGUAGUUGAAGCCGUACUGAGACUUGUUGAUAACCAUCUGUAUGGUUUGUCAAGGUCCUUUCCUCACUCCAUCUGCGUUAUGAGACGAAACGAGGGCGGCUUUCCCUUUGUGUUCUUCCUCAGGCAAGACGUUGAGGAUGAGCUGGUCCGAAGACUUACAGCAGACAUUUGUCACGGUGCUGGUGGGAUUCUACCUCUUACUGAACAGGCAAUGGCAACUAAAGACAGGGUCGCUGUCAAGAACUUUCUCAUGCACGCUCGACCGAGCGCUACAAAUAUAGAGCGCAUCCGGAAUCUCUCGCCAGAUAAGCCUAGCUUGAAGCAAACAAUUUAUCUUCUUCGAGGCCUCCUCGUCAAUCGCAUCUUGAUGAUGACCCUCAAGAAGCGCUGGAAUGUAGAGUACGGUCUCCAUCCCCACCGCGAUCCUAUAGCAGUGCCUUUUCACGCCAAAGGUGUUCCGAGCGAUCAAUCCGAAUGGGGUCAUCCUGACGUCGCAAUACUACUCACCUGUUUGGCGUUCUACUAUGAUGGCAUAAAUCUAGCUCAACUUCGACAAUCACUUGAACAUAUCCUUAAGUCCGACGACCCAUCAACCGAAUACGAUAACUGGAGUCAGAGCUCUGAGAAUUUCCCUUCCUCCCUCAAAGCCUGGAACUCGAUCAACGUGGAUGACGAGAUGCAGCUUAGGGAGAUUUGGAAGGUUGUGCGGUACAACGAGGUAGUGAUCGAUUAUUUCUUGAACAACUUCGUGUUUCCACGACACGCCAAGCAGUUUGAGGUAAAACUUCAGGCCAAUGGCUGGGACAUUCCACUCUCACCCCUCGGGAGCACAACAGAGAACGACAAAGAGACAACAGGCAAACCACUGAGUACAGGCUUCAGUGGUACCAACGACAACAGAACAAUGCUUCCUUUGAACAUUCAACAACAAGAUCUGCCGAGUCUUCAUCACACAAGCGCUGAGGUUUUGACCUAUCUCCUUCAUCCUCGAAAUCGUCGUUGCAUUCUACCUCAGGAUGUGAGAACUCUACACAUGGGAAGAGCCACCGAGAUGGAUCUCUUAUGGUGCCUUCAGUCGAAGUCCAUCCGUAUCCUAAUCGAUGCAGGAGCUCAGAUCUUGGAGAUGGACAACUACACUCUGGUUCAGCAGUGGCUAAAGAUUGACCAUUUCGCUUUGGCAGGCUUGUACUUUGAUGAAGAAAACAAACCUUGGAUUCUGACCAAGGAAGGAAGAAAAACACCUCUCCUCGCGUCACCUUUUGCUGAUGACCUUUCAAACUGCCUGGUAUACCUUGAUGAGGCCCACACCCGUGGCACUGAUCUCAGGCUUCCUCCUAAAGCUAAGGGUGCCCUCACUCUUCGUCUAGGCCAGACCAAGGACCACACUGUUCAAGCUGCUAUGCGUCUACGACAGCUGGGAACAACUCAGAUUGUUUCUUUCUUUGUCCCUCCUGAGGUCCACCAGAGCAUCUCAGACCUGCAAAACAAGACUAUUCAUGAGCCCAUCGACUCAGCCGAUGUCAUCGAAUGGCUUUUAGACAACACAUGUGACCAAAUUGAGCAGCUACAGCCCUUGUACUAUUCACAGGGUAUGGAUUACUGCCGUCGAAUGCAAGCUGCUUUAGAUCACCCGGACUUCUUGACCGACAAGCCUCAACGAAAAGCAUAUGUACUGGCGAUUAAGCAAGACGAACAGCAGAGCCUGCAGAAUCUUUACGAGCCCAAAUUAAAGAACCGCGCCGCCGGCAUGCAGACAUCUAAUAGCGCGGUUCUUAAAGGCUUUAUUCAAGAUCUCAAUGCAAGACGCAAGACCUUUCAAGAUACUGGCCGAGCCGUUCAUGCCUCUGCUCUACAGGAAGUCGAGCAGGAGAGAGAGGUUGCUUUCGAGGUUGAAUCAGUGCGACAAGUCAAGAAGCCUCAGCACUUUGCUGCUUUCUCUUUCCCAGGUCUCCACGCCAGCCUCGAGGCUUUUAUCAGAACUGGAAGGCUUCCUGCAGAUACGAAUUAUUUUACUCACGUAUUCCAUGCCCUGUCAAAGACAGGAACCGGUCGCAAGUACAAAGUGCAAUCGAAGGUUACCAAAUCACAAUUACUCGAGACGGCCGAGUUUAGCAGAACUAUCAAGCCCAAGGGAGACCUCUCUACUGAUGGCUUCUUGCGUCCCGUUAAUUGGAUCAUUUGGAGCUCUGUCGCCGAGAUAGCUGUCAUUAUCAUGCCGGAAGAAGCCGAAGCUUUGAUUCCCAUCAUGCGGAACUCGGGUGUCCCCACGCAUCUUCUAGUUUACUCUGCACCAAUUACACGAAAAAUGCUCCGAUUCAACGAUCUGACUUUCCAUAGCAUUCCUCCUCUACCUAUUGACUGGAAAGCUCCAAAGUGGCUUCGGGUUGAGCUGGGAAUCUACGCCGGGCGCUUGUACUUUGAUUGGGACGAAUACGAUGCUAUGUGCUCCUUACUCGGAAUCCAGAGUGACGAGCUCGGUAACCAAGCACAGGAUGAAGAGCCUACUGAGACUGAUACGGAUGCUGAGACAGAGACAUAUAAGCCACAAACUGACCUCGAACAAAAGCUCGCCAAAAGUCCACUGACGUUUCUACAAGAGUGGCUAGCAGUCCGUCGCCGUGGGCAGGACUUCGCUCACAGCCCCAUGGGCUUUGUCAGCCAGGGCAAGCGUCUCCAAGAGGACCAUGUCUUCUUCAAGGCAGCAGAAAUAGACAAUGGGAUAUCUGAAGAGACUGUGCUGGCACCAGUUCGAUUGUCCAGUUCAGUUGAAAACGACGGGCAGGAUGAUGAUGGCUACUACGGCGUCGACGACAUGGGUGCCAACGAGGCUGGAGAUAGUGACUCCAGCGACGACGAUAAAAUCGAGUACGACGAGUCCGAGUACGCCAGCGCAUCAUCAAGCGAUUGA